AUGGCAGCCUACUUGUGCCGGUUGCAUCACAUUGGUCUCCACGUUACAAACGUGGACAAAAUAGCGUAUGACCUUGUUGCCAAGUUCAAAUUUAAUCUAUUUGCUGCGAGACUGACAGAACAAUCAAGACAAUUCGCCUUCAGGAAGGGAUCGGCGGUUUUCAUCGUAAACGAACGAUUGAAUCACCCCCUCCAUAGUUUGAAUGGGGGAGUGUCAAGAGGACAGAACAGUACGUCUCCUCCAGCGCAAGGUCUGAGCAAAAUAUACUCUAAUGUUUUCAAAGUUGGGGACAGAAUCGGUAACUCUGACUGUAGGCUUCUUUACGACGUCCAGCGUAACUACUCCGUGGAUACUGCGUGCAACGUGUGUUUUGAAGUGAAGGAUGUGGAGAGGUCAUUCAGAGCUCUCCGCAGCCUAGGGUGCGACUUCCUCGUGCCUCCAACAAAUGUUGAGGAUGACAGAGGAGUUGUUUCUUAUUCCGUUGUGAAAUCCAUCGUGGGCAAUGUUUGCCACACGCUAAUCGACAAGACGAAAUACAAUGGACCAUUUUUACCCGGUUUUCAAGAGGUUGAAAAUGUGACGAAGAAUGAGGCACGUGUUGAGGAACUGUCAUCUUGUCCGAUUACUCAUUUUGAUCACAUAACAUAUGCGUGUCCUAGGAAAAGCACACCUGACGUUAUGCGAUGGUACGAGAAGCACUUUGGCUUUCAGAGGUUUUUCAUCGAAAGGAAUGAGGAUGUGAAUGAGGGAUACGUGCUGGACGAAGACGGGAUCGGUCUGCGUCUGACUGCCAUGGAGUACUGGAAAUGCAGUGAGUCAGGAGUGAAACUCCCUUUUGAGGACAAGAAGGAGCCUGACUGCAAGUUUGUCAUCGCAGAGUCACUGCCUGACCAAGGGAGAAACCAGGUGGAUACUUUUUUGGAGGAGCACAAGGGGGCAGGGAUCCAGCACGUGGGGCUGUACACCAAGGACAUCGUCUCCACGGCACGCAGCCUGUCUCAUGCCGGGGUGGAAUUCUUCUCCCCUCCUCCCGCCUACUACACUGAGGUGGGGAAGCAGCAGGAGAUAGUGGACGCAGGUCACGACCCUCGGCUGCUGUCCCAGCACGGCAUCCUUCUGGACACUGACCUACGCCAGGACGCAUCGGACUCCCCCUGCCAUCUCACAACCCCCGAGAACAAAAGAUACCUCCUCCAGGUGUUCACCAAGCCCAUUUUUGCGGAAGACACUUUUUUCCUGGAACUGAUCGAGCGAAGGGGGGCGUCCGGUUUCGGGGAGGGGAACAUCCGAGCCCUGUGGAGAUCCGUGCAGACGUACAUGGAAAGCGAAAGAGAGAAGGGGCAGAUGCAGAGCCCAGAGAGCGUGACAGUGCAAAGCGGACAAAGCUGACAGCGCCAACUAAUGGUGCCACUGGCAAAGAACCUUCACAAACCUGUUCCUGGAUGUUCACCUGUUAAAAACUGCGGGCACUUAAAAAGAAACUACAGAUGGAAUUAAUAUAGAAAUUAUAAUAUAUAAUAUAUUCAAUUGAAUAGGUUUACAUGGCUACUUUCAGUAACCACAAAAUGUGACAUUGUAUUGUGGUGUAAAAUUCAUGCCCCCUCAGGCUAUCGCUGGAACAUCUCUAAAGGAUCUAAGAGACUAAUGACAGAGUAAAUGCAACCAGUCUAUGCAACCACAUCACAUCCCUCACUGCUAAGAUAGAGGUAUUAACUGAACCACGCUGUCAGUGGAAGCCAUAAACAUGACAGGGAAGAAUGAUCACAGGUACUCCGCAGACCGUAUAAACGCUUCUCCUUUAUUACCCCAUACAAAUCAAAUCGGCUUUGCAAAACAGUCCAGUAUUUAAUCUGUCCUCAGCCAUUGUUACAGAUGUUCAGAGCAAACACAGUUGAGCAAGUGGUCAUGGGAUUUUGUGCUUGACAAUAAUAAAGCAGGUCCUCAAGGGCCAGCCAAACCGAGAACAGCAGGUAUGCGUAAAUGCACUUCGGUACCGGGCCAACACCACUUGCACUGUUCCUACCACUGGUCUCAAUUAAACGAGUAUUGACCAGUGUGACUGUCACAGCUACAGUGAUUGUUUUCAUACAUUUCCUAUGGCACCUCUACACUUUGUGUAUAUAUAUGUAUAAGUUCAUUUAACAUUUGUCAUUGUCUCAAAAAAAGAAAAUCCUAACAGUUGUGCUAUUGUGCCAAACUUUUUUUUAAUCUUUUAAACAUACUUAAGCAACAAAAAACCGAACAGAGGUAGCCAUGGGUCGUUUCUCCCUAAAAAUAUAAGACUUCUAGAUGAUCUUAAGGUAGCAGCAGUAGCAGCAGCCUCCUACUUUUAUGAGAAGCAUUCUGCAUUGUACAUUAAAGAUGAACCAACGCUGCCCGUUUCCACCUACACCAACUGCUGCCCACAUUGAGUUCACAUCACCAGUAACAGGUGCAGCUUUCGGCUCUCAGUGCACACUACCCAUCUGACGUGUGGCCGUGCUGUGCGGACGCCGGCCCCUUCCUCUCUACACCCAUCUAGUCUCUUGUCGCUUGACUGCUAGGCGCUGUCGUCUGGCGCUUCUACAAGCCAGCCCAUCUGGUGUCUGACUUUUUUUUUUGAGGGGUUUUGGUGGUCUAACUGUAGACACAGAAGGCACAGAAUCCUGGGCGAGGUCUUUUUUUCCCACCUCCCUGCUUGUACACUACGGCGUGUGUCUAUGAGGUCUGUCGAUAGUAAUACCAUAGCCAUUCACUGGAUUUCCCCUCCAUUUCAACACAGCAGGACAUCCCUUCCCUUCCAUAUAUACAUAAACCCAUCCUCCCACAGAGGGGCUAAUUUCACAACAGUAGUUGCCGUUCACAGUAGAUGUGGUGGCUUUACGAGUUGGAGGCAAGAGCAAAACAAAAUUCAUAACUCCACCACACCACAGAAAGGAGCUUCUUGGUAUUAUAAUGCUUAUUCUGUCAGCCCAAAAAAUUGCACAUAAGUCACAAUGUUUUUGCUCCUGGUGGAAAGAGCAAACUUAACCAAUGGCACAAUUAAAAAGCAUUGGAAAGGACAAUUGGGGGAAAAAAAGAACAGUACAAUGUCAGUGAUAUUUGAGGAUAAGAAACUGACACUGUGUCAUAAUAUUAACCAUGGUACACUGGUUACAGAAGCUCACCCCUCAGUAGGUUAUAGCAUAAUGAAUUGUAAAUCUGUAUUUUGUUGAAGUAAGAGACAACAUCUAUUACCACUUCAUCUGAUUGCUGAAGGAAGUUAAAUGUGUACAAGAUGAGCCUGAUAACAAAAGCAAUCAUAGUUUUCAUCUUUGCUUAACGUGAACAGAUUAGACCAAGACUCUAGCUAACCCCUUAAUUUGGCUCAGUAAAAGAACCUUUGAAGGCCACAGAAAAACACAAUUUCCCUUUUCGUUUCGAUAAAUACAAAAACAAGGCAAAACAGUGCAAGAGGUAAUGGAACAAAUGGAUUAUCUAAGUUGUUCAUACAUCUGACGCUCAUCCGUGAAGAGCAAAGUGGGAACCCAGCCAUUUCACUGGUGUGAUCUAACCUAACCAAGCUGGCACCAGCUGGAAGUGUACUCUUCAGCAGUCAGUACAAUAUGUGGUAUUCUCUUCUGAACAUGGAACAAAAAACUCCAUUCAUCAGGGAAAUGAUCUCCACAAUCCCAUUAGUGAGGGUUAAAAUGAAGGCAGACUUAAAAAAAAAAAAAA